AUUACAUAUCGACUACGGUAUCUUCUCCGAGCAAGGUGUGAUGCUUCACCAGUGACUAACAAUACCAUCCAGUUUCACUGUGAUCCUAGCUUCUGGGCUCAAAAUAUUUUCAAUCUAGGUUCUUUGGUAAUUGAAGAUAAAGAAACCCCACCACAUAUCCCCAAGAGCCCCGUCAUGGAAACAAACUUACAGCCACCAGGCAGCUUACCCUCAAACCAGCUGUCUAAGUUCCCAACGCAGAUAAGUUUAGCUCAGCUCCGACUCCAGCACAUGCAGCAACAGGUCAUGGCUCAGAGACAGCAAGCUCAACGCAGAGCAGGUCCAGGAGGUUUACCAAAUCCAAGAAUGCCAGGAGCCAUGCAGCAGCCUCCAGCUUCUCAUCAAGCACCUCCACGCUUGAUUCAUUUUCAGAAUCAUAGCCCCAAGUCCAACGGUUCAGCUCUUCCUGCACAACAGAUGAGAUUUCCCCAAAAUCAGAACCUGCCAAGGCAAGCCAUAAAGCCCAAUCCGCUGCAAAUGGCAUUCUUGGCACAGCAAGCUAUAAAACAGUGGCAGAUCAGUAGUGGGCAAACUUCAACUGCCCUUUCAACUGCAAGCAGCACAACAUCUACUCCAUCCAGCCCCACAGUCACUAGUGCUGUAGGAUGUGAUGGGAAGACUUAUGGUCCUCCUGUGAUAGAUUUGAGUUCUCCAGUGGGUAGCUCCUACAAUCUACCAUCUCUUCCUGAUAUUGAUUGUUCAGGAAACAUCACACUGGAUAAUGUUGUAAGGAAGGAUGGCACUGCAGAGCAGAAUCAGCCAAAACCCCCUUCGAACAGAACUGUGCAGUCACCAAAUUCAUCGGUACCAUCACCAGGCCUCUCAGGAGGAGUCAGUGUGACAAAUAUACACCCUCCAAUUCGUUCACCCAGUGCCUCCAGUGUUGGGAGCAGAGAGAGUUCUGGCUCCUCCAGCAGGCCACCAGGAGCUGAUUCUACACACAAAGUCCCGGUUGUUAUGUUGGAGCCGAUCAGAAUUAAACAGGAAUCAAGUGCACCAAAUGAGAACUUCGAUUUCCCAAUUGUUAUAGUGAAGCAAGAAACGGAUGAGGAAUCCCGGCCUCGGAAUGCCACCUUUUCAAGAAGCAUACUUACUUCAUUGCUGUUAGAUAGCAAUCAUAAUUCCACUUCUGAUGAAGCUGUCUUAAGAACAGAUGCACCGGACAGCACAGAUGAUCAACCAGGGAUACUGAAGGAGAACACAUCCAGUGGGAAGACAGGAUGGAUAGGCCCCCCCCACAUUGGGGAGGGCAGGAAAGAGGAUGAUCCCAAUGAAGAUUGGUGUGCAGUAUGUCAAAAUGGAGGGGAGCUCCUUUGCUGUGAAAAGUGUCCCAAAGUAUUCCAUCUUUCUUGUCAUGUCCCUACACUGAUGAGCUUUCCAAGUGGAGAGUGGAUUUGUACAUUCUGUCGGGAUUUGUCCAAGCCAGAAGUUGAAUAUGACUGUGAUAAACCCGCUCACAGCUCUGAAAAAAGAAAACUGGAAGACACUGUGGGUUUGGCGCCAAUAGACCGUAGGAAGUGUGAAAGACUGCUGCUAUACCUCUACUGUCACGAAAUGAGUCUUGCUUUUCAAGAUCCAGUUCCUCCCACAGUUCCUGAUUACUACAAAAUAAUCAAAAAGCCUAUGGACUUGUCAACCAUUAAGAAAAGACUUGAAGUGACCAAUUCAUUCUACACAAAGCCGGAAGAUUUUGUGGCUGAUUUCAGACUGAUUUUCCAAAACUGUGCUGAAUUUAAUGAGCCUGAUUCAGAAGUGGCUGAUGCCGGCAUGAAACUUGAAGCGUACUUUGAAGAACUUCUAAGGAACCUUUAUCCUGAGAGGAAGUUCCCUGUACAACCCAACUGCCAGAGUGAAAAAGAUAAUCCAGAACUUAACGAUGACUCGGAUGAUGACUUUGUUCAGCCCCGGAAAAAACGCCUCAAAGGAGAAGACCGUCAGUUGCUUAAAUAAACUCCACGUGUUACUACGGAACGUUUUUUAAAAACUAAGAAUAUUUAUCACUGCUAAUUGUGAAAAGGGGAAAAAUAAUGACUGCUUUGACUUGUAGGUUUGUGGAUAUUCACUAGACUUUCUACCCCUUCUCUGAAACACAAAUCUAAUAGAGAUCAAGGCAUGUGGAGAACUUCUCUGAAGUUCCAAACUUUCACCGUACUUCUGGAGCAGCACAGAAACUGCCAUUUGCGUGGGGUGACAGCUGUUUAACUUUACUUUGAGGAAGAAAAGAAGUUUGUAUAGAAUUGAACUUUAAAACAUUACAUGGGUUCGACAUGUGGCUUUCUGAGUUUGAAGAAAAUGUGAUCUCACCAGAAUUUAAUUUUACCAAAGGCAUGUGGCUGGCCAUAAUUUGAUUUCUUUGUACUGUAUUUAACACAAGCCAUGAAAACAGAUGGUGUAAUAUUAUUGUCCUGCAAUACUGACUGGUACAAUGAAAGUGUAGUUGCCCCCAAAGAAGUUAUUGGUAAUUUUAAAAUGUAAGGGAGAGUGUAUUAAAAAUAACUUUAAAAA